AUAACCUUCGUUUCCUCUGUUAUUGCCACUUCCUUCAUGAUUCAUGAAACUACUGUAACCUUCCACGAACAUAUAUAAUCUCAAAACCCUUUUCUUCUUCCACCUUAUCUUUGCAUCGUAGCUUUCGAUUUUUUUCUCUUCUCCUUCUUCUUCUUUAGAUUUUCCCCGAGAAAGUUUGCUCUUUUUUUUCCUCUGUUCUUCAUAAAAAAGAUUCUCUUUUUCUUUCUUUUCUUUGAUCGAUCGAGUGUGUUAGCGUGAUGUCUUCAGAGAACGAUUUCGCUGAGUUCGAAAGUGGAAGCGAUGGUGUCUCUCGUUUUUUACCGCUGAUUUUAGCUAUAACCGCCAAAGAAGCUGCUGAGGACGCUGAUCAGCCGACGACGAUACACGCGCAUAUCAGCAUGGAUCCGUUGACUCCGAGUGUGGUGACGAUCGGAUUUGGUCCUGGGCUCGAAGAUUUCUUAGGCGGCGGUGGUAAAGAAGGGAGAUCGCCGGCGUCGAAAGCUUCGGUUGAGAGUAUGCCACGUGUCGUCAUCGGAGAAGAUAAUAAGGGGAAGGGUUCUUGCGCGAUUUGCUUGGAGGAGUGGUCUAAAGGUGACGUGGCGACUGAGAUGCCGUGUAAGCACAGGUUUCACUCCAAGUGCGUUGAGGAGUGGUUGGGGAUGCACGCCACGUGUCCUAUGUGUAGGUACGAGAUGCCUGUUGAGCAAGUGCGUGGAGGACUGGUUGGGGAUACACCAACCUUGUGGAUUGGGUUCUCCGUCGGCGGGAGGAGAGGUGAAGAAGACUGAGGAAGAAGACGACAAGGUGAUGAAACAGAGGCUUAGGUUUUUUAGGUUUUAGGGGAUGAGAGCUUUGUAUAUUUUUUGUUUUUUUUUUCCGUUUUCUGAAUAUCAAUUUUCUCGAAUUCAAUGUAUUUUGUUGCUGAAAUUGAAACAAAUUCAAGAA